CAAUUGACAGCUGAUUUGUUAGUGCUUAGUGGAUAGUUGUCAAGUGGGAAUUGGUGAUAAUAAACUUAUUAAAAGUUUUUGUGCUUCAAAAUUCUUAUUCAAAGAAAAAUGGAGAAACCUACUGUUACUGAACAACCACCCCCUUACUCAGCAGCUACUAUGGGAACGGGAGCACAUACUUACCCUCCGCCGCCGCCGCCGCCACCCCAAGGGUCAUUCCCUCCACCGCCGGGCUACACACCAUAUGGUACAACCCCGCAAACAGCUUUUGUCCCAAACUAUGGGGCUACUAACAUUAUCAUACCACCUCCCAUAAUAGCUGUAGGUGCUUGCCCAGCAUGUCGAGUGGGUAUAUUAGAAGACGAUUUCACUUGUCUCGGUAUUUUGUGCGCCAUUUUAUUUUUCCCUAUCGGCAUUUUGUGCUGUUUGGCGAUGAAGAAUAGACGGUGCUCCAAUUGCGGCGCUAUGUUUGGAUAAGACAUGUAUUUUUUGGCUCGGUUCAUUUAUAAGUUGUUACCGUCCAGAAUUCUGAUUGGUAAUUUAAGUGAUAAUUCUAUAAAAUCUCUUUGGUUUACUAAUAUGGAGCCUCUUUCUCUUUGACUGUGUCUUGGAAGUUGAUAUCGAAUUUAUACAUGAAUAUGAUCUUAAAUGAAAAUAUUUUCGAACUACAAAAUAAAACAGACUUGAAACCAUAGUUUGCUCUGAUUGUUUAGGAAAGUUCAAAAAAUUUAUUGAACUUAAUAAUAUUCAUUACUCCUUUAUUUUUAAUAUUUUUGUUUUUAUAAUAAUGGAUGUUAAAUAUAUACCAUUCCCCUUUAUUUUUGAAAAAAAAAAGUCUUAUAAUGUUCCAAUUAAAUUUCUGAAUUAAUACUUAAAGUCACAUUACAUUUUAUCAAUAUAUUCUUUAUAUUAAAUAGAACAUGUUUUGGUUUUUCAUAAUUGGAACCAUUUUUUUUUUAAAUAAUAUAUAAGCAAAGAGUUGUUUAAGAAGAUAUUAAUAAUAUAAUUGUAUGUUCAUAUGUAGUCUCUUGUCUGUGAUCCUUUGGAUGUUAUGGUGCUCUUAUUGCAGCUACAGUUAUAUAAUGUUAUAUAAUUACAUUUAUAAGAUUUAAAUUUGCUAUGUUGUCAUUAUUUUGUUAUAAAGUUUAGCAAUACAUUCAUAUAUAUAUAUGACGAAAUAACAAAAUUCACUUGUUAUUACAAAAGGGCACCAUAUUCUAAAGAAUUUGAAUGAGAGAUAUAUUGACAGAAAUGUUGCAGUGUUGCCAACUCCAAUCGAAUAUUAAUAUCUUUUUUUAAUGUAAGAAAAGCUUAUGAGCUUUUUCAAUAGUAUCUGUUAUUAAUGAUAUUAUAUAUAAAUAAAAAACUACUGUUAUAUUUUUUAUUGAAAAGUAGGAUAGUUUUUUAGGCAUUGUAAUGGAACAGCUAUGGAAAUGUCAAUAAAAAUUUAAAUAUAUACUGGGCUAAGAUUUUUGUAAUAAUGGUAAUGUAAUUUUAAAUUGUAUCAGAUUAUAUAUUGAUUAUAAUUUUUAAUAAAUAGUGUUUAUUAUUAUUAACUAUUUUGCAUAUACCUUAUUACUUAAAGCAAACAAUUCUCAUAUAUAUCUAUACAAGGCCUGAAUUACUCUAUUUUCAUAAAAUUAGUAAAAUAUUGAGAGUAUAUCGGGAAAAAAAAUUGUUUGAUUCUACUAUGUUUGCUUAAUUUUUUGUUACAUUUUAUUAUAUUUUUAUAAUUCCUUGAACUUAUCUCCUAUUAUAAGUUUUAUUGAGAAAUGUCGUAAUUGUCAUUGGAGGAGAUAUACUUCAAUUCGUCAAAUGUUGAUGUAACCGAAGAUUUUACAAGACAUUUAUAGGAAAUAAAAAAAUAAUCUUAUAUUGUGUAUCUUCAAAAAUAAAUAAAAUAUAAAAAAGAAUAGUGAUCACAGAGAACUGUUGCAGAUUUAAAUAUCAAUAUUAAUGCAUUUUUGAUAUUCAUCUUAAUAUAAAUCUUAAUUAAAUAAAUUCUAAAUUUUUUACCGUAAAUGUUAUUGAUUUAAUAAUUAAAAUCAAUUGAUUAUAUAUUUGUAGGUACCUAUUAAUAAUUGUAAAUGUAUGAAUCAAUUAUAAUAAUAAACUAAGCAAUAGAAAUAUUUUUAUAAAAGUCACAAAAAGGCUGCUUUAUAUCAUUAACAAAAUAUGGUCUUCAAUGUAUGUAGCGUUAGUUCAAAUACAAAAUGGCUGCCUUGAAUUUAACGUAGACAUCGUUUAAUCAUACAGAGUAAAAAAUAAUUGUUAUCCUGAGACGCAAUUUAAAGUCCAUUAUGCCUUGAAUAUUCAAGUUUACAUUGAAAGUAUAUAAAUAUUUAAACUAAAUGAUAAUUAGGAAUUAUAAUGAUAUGAAUGUUUAUUAUAUGAAAUGUUUAUAGAAUACAAUUAAAGCGUAUCUACAUUUGUACUCUAGGUUUUUCAAAUAAAGUUAGGUUAGAAA